ACCUAUCAUAAUCUUGUUAUGUCCAUUACCUUAUCAGAGAAUCUAAGCACAUAACUUUUCACCAGAGUCUACACAGACCAAGUAAGCAAGCACAUCACAAGCAAAAAAGCACAAGAGCAAAAAAAAUGGCUUCUGCUUCUUGUGCAACGGCUUUGCCACUGAGUUCUGGUAUCCAAAAUAAGCUUAAAAAUCCAUCCUCUGAAUCCUUUUUCAGGCCAUUACCAGUAACACAACCAAAGAGGAUCACAAAGUCAAAAUCCAAGUUUGAAAUUCAUGCAUCUUUGAAAGAGAAGACAGUGGCAGGACUUACAGCUGCAUCCUUGACAGCUUCCAUGGUUAUACCUGAGGUGGCUCAUGCAGCUGGAUCUGAUCUCUCACCAUCUCUCCAAAACUUUCUACUAAGUAUUUUUGCUGGUGGAGCUGUGCUAGCAGCUAUAUUUGGGGCUGUUAUUGGUGUUUCCAACUUUGAUCCGGUUAAAAGAGCUUAAUUAUGUCUUGAAAAGGUUUUAAACUUUGUCCUUUUAAUUUGAUUUCUGUGUAAUAUGUUGAUGCAACUGGUUGCAUUAUAUGUUUGUUUAAUAAACAUUAAAUUCCAGGUGCUGCUUAUCUUUUA